GUCAAAUUGGCGUCAUGCAAACUGUCAACAGAGACUGGAGUGAAGCAAAGCAGCAACGGCUGCAGCGAAAGCCCUUCCAGUGACACCGGAAAGAAGUAAAUAGAGGAGAGAAAACCACCUCAGAUGACAACUAGGAAGGGAGGAAGUGACAAGAAACUAAGCUGCAUAUUAUUCUAAGGACUCAUCGUCUUUAAUGCAAAUGGGUGAAAGGAUUGUAAUCUUCUAACUGGAGCUUGUUGCUGAACAGGAUCACAGUCGGCUGAGUGGAUAUGAGGAAAUAAAAGACGGACCAGCACUGCAGCUUCUCUCACAUCGUUUCAUUUAAUCUCCCGUCCUUAAUUUCUCACCGCCGCGGCCGUCUCUGCUCUGCAGUCCGAGCAGCGGGGGCUCGUCCCUCUCCGCAGGUCCCCCCCCCCCCCAUCGGCGGCCCGCUCUGGCCGUUUGUCGGUGUCUGAUGGCGCGGUGGGACGCUAAGGGCUGCUGCGGGAGACUGUGAUGUCAGAGCCCAACAGCCCGGGCGAGAGCCAGCGUGGCGCUCCCAGAUUCUUCGUGGGCUGCGAGGACGAUGAGAGCGAGGUGCAGGAGGACAGCAUGAGGACAGACAUGGAGCUGUUUGAGGACGACGGAGACACCGACUCGCCCCCGGAGCGACAGAUCGUGGUGGGGAUCUGUUGCAUGAUGAAGAAGUCCAAGUCCAAGCCGAUGACCCAGAUUCUGGAGAGGCUGUGCAGGUUUGAGUACAUCACCGUGGUCAUCUUCCCAGAGGACGUCAUCCUCAACGAGCCUGUGGACAAAUGGCCUCUGUGUGACUGCCUCAUCUCCUUCCACUCCAAAGGGUUCCCUCUGGACAAGGCAGUGAGCUACGCCAAGCUGAGGAACCCUCUGCAUAUCAACGACCUGAACAUGCAGUACUACAUCCAGGACAGGAGAGAAGUGUAUCGUAUCCUGCAGGAGGAGGGGAUCGAGCUGCCGCGCUAUGCUGUGCUGAACCGUGACCCAGAUAAACCAGAUGAGUGCAACCUGGUGGAAGGAGAGGACCACGUGGAGGUGAACGGGGAGAUCUUCCAGAAGCCCUUUGUGGAGAAGCCUGUAUGUGCCGAAGACCACAACGUCUACAUCUACUACCCAACGUCUGCAGGAGGAGGCAGCCAGAGACUCUUCAGAAAGAUUGGGAGCCGCAGCAGCGUCUACUCUCCAGAGAGCAGCGUGAGGAAGACGGGCUCUUACAUCUAUGAAGAGUUCAUGCCAACCGAUGGCACCGAUGUUAAGGUCUACACCGUCGGGCCGGACUACGCUCACGCCGAGGCCCGGAAGUCUCCGGCUCUGGACGGGAAGGUGGAGAGAGACAGCGAGGGGAAGGAGGUCCGUUACCCCGUCAUGCUCUCAGCCAUGGAGAAGCUGGUGGCCCGGAAAGUCUGCCUGGCGUUUAAGCAAACCGUGUGCGGCUUUGACCUCCUCCGGGCCAACGGCCACUCCUACGUUUGUGACGUGAACGGUUUCAGCUUCGUCAAGAACUCGAUGAAAUACUACGACGACUGCGCCAAGAUCCUCGGAAACAUCGUUAUGCGAGAGCUGGCCCCUCAGUUCCAGAUUCCUUGGUCAAUCCCGACGGAGGCAGAGGACAUCCCGAUCGUGCCCACCACCUCAGGGACCAUGAUGGAGCUGCGCUGCGUCAUCGCCGUCAUCCGUCACGGAGACCGAACUCCCAAACAGAAGAUGAAGAUGGAAGUUCGUAACCCCAUGUUCUUUGAUCUGUUUGAAAAAUACGAAGGGUACAAAACGGGGAAGUUGAAGCUCAAGAAGCCGAAACAGCUGCAGGAGGUGCUGGACAUCACCCGGAUGCUGUUGGUGGAACUGGGACAGCACAACGACUGUGAGAUUGAAGAGAAGAAGUGCAAACUGGAGCAGCUGAAGACGGUUUUAGAAAUGUACGGUCACUUUUCGGGGAUCAACAGAAAAGUGCAGCUGACUUACCUGCCCCAUGGGCAGCCCAAGACCUCAAGCGAGGAGGAAGACACGCGUAAGGAGGGUCCGUCUCUGCUGCUGGUGCUGAAGUGGGGAGGAGAGCUGACUCCUGCUGGCAGAGUGCAAGCUGAGGAGCUGGGGAGAGCCUUCCGCUGCAUGUACCCUGGAGGACAAGGAGACUAUGCCGGAUUCCCAGGCUGCGGGUUGCUACGCUUACACAGCACGUACAGACACGACCUGAAGAUCUACGCGUCUGACGAAGGCAGGGUGCAGAUGACCGCCGCCGCCUUUGCAAAGGGCUUGCUGGCUCUGGAGGGGGAGCUGACGCCCAUCCUGGUGCAGAUGGUGAAGAGCGCCAACAUGAACGGGCUGCUGGACAGCGACAGCGACUCGCUGAGCAGCUGCCAGCACCGCGUCAAGGCCCGGCUCCAUGAAAUCCUGCAGCGCGACAGGGAGUUCAACGACGAGGACUAUGACCGGCUGGCUCCAACCUGUGGCGCUUCGGUGGUGAAUUCAAUGAAAAUGGUGACGAACCCGGUGGCCACAUGCGACCAGGUCUACGCCCUCAUUCAGAGUCUCACCUCACAGAUCCGCACCAGAAUGGAAGACCCAAAAUCCGCCGGUAUAAAGAAGAGAAAUCCUUACUUCUGCGUUCAGUUUCCUUCAGCUACAUGUCUUUAUUUAGCCAGACGUGUCCCCCCCCCCCCCCCCCCCCCCCCCCCCCUCCCAGACCUGCAGCUCUACCACAGUGAGACCCUGGAGCUGAUGCUGCAGCGCUGGUCCAAGCUGGAGAGAGACUUCCGCAUGAAGAACGGCCGCUACGACAUCAGCAAAAUCCCCGACAUCUACGACUGCGUGAAGUACGACGUCAUCCACAACGCCUCCCUGGGCCUGCAGGACACGCAGGAGCUGUUCCGACUGUCCCGAGCUCUGGCCGACAUCGUUAUCCCACAGGAAUAUGGCAUAAAUAAAGCUGAGAAACUGGACAUAGCUUAUGCUUACUGCCUCCCGCUGGUCAGAAAGAUCCAGCUGGACCUGCAGAGGACGCACGGGGACGAGUUUGUCAAUAAGCUGCAUCCUCUGUAUUCCCGUGGCGUGCUGUCACCCGGUCGUCACGUCAGGACUCGGUUAUAUUUCACCAGCGAGAGCCACGUCCACUCGCUGCUCAGCAUUUUCCGAUACGGAGGCCUGCUUGAUGAGGAGAAGGACCAGCAGUGGAAACGGGCCAUGGACUACCUCAGCGCCGUCUCCGAACUCAACUACAUGACGCAGAUUGUCAUCAUGCUUUAUGAGGACAACAAUAAGGACAUUUCGUCUGAGGAACGGUUCCACGUGGAGCUCCACUUUAGCCCCGGUGUUAAAGGCGUUGAAGAGGAAGAGCACGCCCCGACCGGCUUCGGCUUCAGACCCGCCUCAGCAGAGGUGCUGCGACAGAACGGGCAGAAAAAGCCAGACCCGGGCAGUCUGGAGGACCUAACACGGGACGAACCGGACCGCGCCGUGCCCAGCUGUGAGCCCAUCACCAUUCAGAGGAAGUCUCCACUCAUUCGCAAUCACAAGACCGGAUCGAUGGAGGUCCUCUCGGAAACGUCGUCCUCUAAAGUUGGCAGUUAUCGUCUCUUCUCCUUCUGCCCACGUCAGUCUCCCGAGAUGAAACAAAGCGGACUAGGCUCUCAGUGUGCCGGACUCUUCAGCACCACCGUCCUCGGUGGCUCCUCUAGUGCACCUAACCUGCAGGACUACGCACGUGCACACCGCAAAAAAUUCUCCACCGGCAGUCUGUCCUACAAAGACGAGUUGUUGUCUAUGCCGGCAGUAAAGCGAUUUUCUGUGUCGUUUGCAAAGCAUCCGACUAAUGGGACACAAGACGACUCGUCCGCCGUUGCAUCGUCUCCGUCCUGCUUGUGCUCUUCGACAGAGCCCUUGGAGGAACACCAUGUGGCCCAGUUGUUGAGGUUUUUAUCCACCGACCUCAGCUUGGGCCGCCGCCAGCUCUCUCUGGACCACACGCUGGCCCACCACCUCCACCAGUGCUCCUACCACCUCCGCCUCUUCCGAAACUGGCUCGUCUCCGGCCAGGACGCCCUAGAGUGCCUCCACGGCUUCGAAGGCUGCUCCAUGGUGCCCUCCAUCUAUCCUCUGGAGACGCUGCACAACUCGCUGUCGCUCAAGCAGGUCAACGAGUUCCUCACCAGCGUCUGCGAGAGCGCCGGAGAUCCGCACACCAGAACCUCCAGAGCUCUGUCGGCCAUGUUGGGCGCACACAAUCAGCCGUCGGUGGACUCCUACAUCCCUCAGAGGGUCCUGACUUCCUCCAUGUCGCUCAGAUCUCGUUCUGACAGACCUCCAUGGUACAGCAGCGGCCCGUCCAGCACGGUUUCCAGCGCUGGACCGUCCUCCCCCACCACCGCAGACACUUCUCCACGGUUCAGCUUCAGCGAUAAGGUCUCCCUCACCCCGCAGAGCAGCGAGGAGACCCACGCUUCCCAGAACGUGUCCGCCCAGCCACCGUCUGCCGUCGACCCAACAGGUCCCGCUGGGUUAAACCCCGCUGAAGUGCCCCUGACUCCAAACAACUCCCCAGAGGAGGAGGCUGAGCCCAGUGGCGGUACUGACAAGCAGCCUGACGAUCCUGAACCCCCGUCUGACAGGCAGGAGGUUUCUUCCCUGCCGUUAGACCCCUCCGGUGUUCUGGUCUCAGAUCCAGCGCUGAGGCCUCCCUGCGUGGCUCUGGCAGAGCUCAGUCUGGGUCGCAUGGAGGGCUACUGCCUCCCCGGCUCUCUGCCGGUGCUGCUGGAGCUCAGGGAGAGCAGCAGCGAGGCUGGCUCUAGCUCGCAGACGCCCCAGUCCCCCGAGGGCCCGGACGAGUUCUUUGACACGCAGGAGUCUAUGGAGCUGUGGACGGACAGUCCGGAACACGUCCCGCACCCGGACGCACCUCAGGACACGGAACCGGUUCAGCCGGCAGAGCCGUAAACGAGCAGCUGCUUCAAGCCCCAAUCAACGAAGACUGUAGCAUCGGGUCCUUUUCUCUCUUCCAGCUGACGACCCCCCCGUUACGCCACAGAACCUCGACUGACUGGUCCAGUUCAUCUGUCUGUGCACAUUUCGUUCUGAGCUGAAGUCUGUAUUUGACUUUAAGCUCAUCUGUUACACUCACAUGCGUUCAUGGAAACUUUCUUUUAAACACUUCUGAUCAUUUUGGAGGAGAGCAGAAACGCUGAAACCUCCUGGGAGACUCUCAUCAAACUAAAACGUGAUAAAAGCUGCAGAGAACGGGCAGAAUAUAACAAUAAUCAUAUAAUGUUGAUUUGUUUUUAAACUUAUGUUGUACCGUAGAGACGCAGAUUUAUCUCGUUUGUGAUCCACUGAGCGUAUGUCUUGUCUUUAAGAGCCGCAGCCACGACGUUUAAGCCUUUUUAGUGCCAGCUUUCGUGUCGUCUGUUACAUUCAUGAGGAUUUUUCAGGUUUGGAGGCGGCUGCGCUCGUUUCUCGCUCAGAGGGGCUGGUUUCGGUUCUGGAUGGCGUUUCUGAGGAGCGGAGUCUUCCUCGGUGUUACUCUUCAGUCUUAAGGUCACACGUGUGCACCGCUAAACGCCAAAGUCCUUAACCCUCAGUGAAGGUUUCACUUACGAAGAAAGACAUUUAUUUUGAAAAGGCAUUUAAAAAAGAGAAAUCUGUAUUUUUUAAAAACCUGCACAUUAGAUAUUUAACUGUAUAGUUUAUGCAUAGUUAUUUCAUCCUGGCUUCGGGUGUGUGUAUAUUUAUGCUAAAACACAUUCAAGCCUCAUUUUAUCACUGAACAAAAAGGAGGGCAUUUUACGUUCAAUGUGCUUUUAUUGUGGCGAGCAGCUAUGUUGUGUGUGCAGAAGGGAGCAUGUCUGCUUCAGAAGCUAUUCCAUGGAGGCAACGCUGUGUGCUGCUGUGGUACAUCUUGAUGAACUGUAGAGAGGAAAUGCAAACUGUGACCUUACCUGACUGUGUGUCCAGAUACCAAUCUGUUUGUGAACUUUCUGGUCAAUUAACUCAAAUAAACCUUUGAACAGUUGUAAUCGU